UAGUGACCACUUUUCGUUUAAUUCCUUUAUAAGACCACUACUCUUCCCCUUCAAAGCUCCUAACUAUUCUAUACCAAAUUCUCUCUCUCUCUCUCUCUAAAAACCAAAUUCUCUCUUUCUCUCUCUAAAAUGGGGAAUUUUGUCUCCAUGUCGUGCAGUUUCAUCUCCCCUAAAAUGAAAAGCUCCAAAGUAUCUAGAGUGAUCCUUCCCGGCGGCGAAGUCCGGCAGUUCCGGGAACCCGUGAAGGCCGCCGAGGUCAUGCUCGAGUCUCCCAACUACUUUAUAGUCAAUUCUAGGUCUCUCAACAUCGGCCGGAGAUUCUCCGCCCUCGCCGCCGACGAGGAUUUGGAUUUAGGCGAAGUCUACAUCAUGUUUCCGAUGAAGAGAGUCAAUUCCGUCGUCACCGCAGCCGAUGUUACGGUGUUGUUGAUGGCGGCGAGCUCCGCGAGAAAGCGGAUAUCGGGGGUCAAGGCGAGAGUAUUGCCGGUAGUGGCGGCCGCGGCGGCGAAGGGGGCAUCAACGGUUGGUGAUUCGCCGGAAAGUGAUGUCGGUCCGUCGAGAUUGAAUUUGGAUGACGUGGAAGGGUUUCCGGCGCCGGAGUUCAUGUAUAGGUUAGCUAUAUGUAGGUCGAGAAAGCCCUCGCUGGAUACAAUUACAGAAGAGCCGGUUUGGGUAAGAUGAGUAAUUGCUGAUCUUCUCAAGGGUAGAAUAGAAAAAUCACAUAUUUUGUAAUUUUUUUUUUUUUGUAAUUCUUUUGGAAAUUAUAGCAUUUUGUUUUUAGCGGAGAAUUAGUAAUUAACGUGUUUUGAUGACUUGGUAGUGUAGCAACCACAAUUGUGGGAAAAUUUAUAGAAACAUAGAAGUGAUUAUAUUUACAAA